AUGAAAAAAUUUCAAUAUGUUAAUGCUAUUGCAAUGUCAAAAAUAUUGAAAAAACAUGAUAAAAAAACUUGUCUCACUGCAAGUCCAAAUUUCCUUGAAUUUAUCAAAGAUGAUUUUGAUCCAAUGAAAAACAUUUCAAAAUCGCUCUUUUUCUUAAUUCAAAAUCAAUUAAUCACCAUUAUACCACAACCUGAAGAUUAUUCUUGUAUAAUUUGUACAUUUGUUUACUGGAAACCAAUUAGAUUAUGUUGUGGCCAUGUGUUUUGUGUACGUUGUUUAAUUAAAUCCGAGGCUAAGGGAAUGAAAGAUUGUCCUGUUUGCCGUGAAAAAGGUGCAAUACGUAAGGCUGAUGCAGGCAAUAUUGAUAAAUCUUUAAUGAAUUUUUUGAAAUUAUAUUUUCCAAAAGAAGUCAAACAAAAAAUUUCAAAUGAUGAAUUAGAAGAAAUAGAUUUAAUAAUGAAUAGAAGAAUUUCACAAGUUAAUGGAUGUUUCUAG